AUGGCUACCACUGCCAUCGACUCUGAGCUCGAUCUCGACGAUUCGCUUGACGAAACUGCAGUGGAACUGGUUACGGAUGCUGAUUUGAGGGAGCUCCCCUUGUAUGAACGACAGAAUCUUGCAAUUGCUGCCAUCAAUCGAGGUCUCUCGAAGCGGAAAGCAUGCACGUUCUAUCGUGUUAGCCGCACCACCGUUUCCGCUCGCAUGGAGGGUGUUCCAACUCGAGAGGAGUCUCAUGCAAAAGAACGUGCCCUCUCUGCUGCUACAGAGGAAGUCUUCGUCGAGUUCAUCAAGGUUCUUGGUCACCGUGGAAUACCGUUAACAGUAGACACGAUUACUGCCUAUGCGUGUCGCAUGGUUGGGAAGGAACUCGGGAAGACAUGGGGGCGGCGGUUCAUGGAACGUCAUCGAGAUCUCAAGAUCAAGGCAUCCUCAAUGCUUGAGGAGUGUCGGGCUAUGUCUCUCAACCCAACAGUCGUUCGUCAAUUCUUUGUGAUGCUCGAGUCCGUCAUCAAAGAGUACGAGAUCCAGCCGAAGAACAUGUACAACAUGGACGAGAAAGGUAUACAACUCGGAAUGGCUGGACGCAUCACGGUUGUUGUCGAUCGCGAUCAGCGAGGCGUUCAGACAAUUGCUAACGGCAAUCGAGAACUUGUGACAAUUCUCGAGUGUCUAUGCGCUGACGGAGAUGCCUUGGCUCCCUCAUUUGUCUUCCAGGGUCAACGUCGAGACAACAGAUGGGGCAAGAACAAUCCUUGCAAUGCCAGCAUUUCUGUUUCGAAGAACGGCUGGACAGAUCAGGAACUGGGCUCGCUCUGGAUGAGGAAGGAUUUUCAUCCUCAAACAGCUGCUCGCUUGGACAGCCCCAAUGACUACCGCCUUCUUCUUCUCGAUGGACAUAACAGUCAUUGCCAUUACGAUUUUGUGAGCUUUGCAAAGGACCAUAAGAUCAUCAUUAUUUGCCUACCUUCUCAUACCACGCAUGCUCUCCAACCAUGCGACGUUGGUGUCUUUGGUCCAUUAGCGACAUACUGGAAGCGACAAGUCAUCAAGCAAACAACGGCUGGUGUUGUGAUUGACAAGUACAAUCUCAUCGAAAACUACCAUGAAGCUCGCAAAUUGGCAUUUAAGAAGACCACCAUCAUUAACGCAUUUCGCAAAUGCGGCAUUCAUCCACUGAACGAGUCUGCUGUGCCCCAGAAGCUCUUCGCACCAUCCAAGAACUAUACCACAAAAGAUCAGCCCGUGCUUGAAGUUCAGCGUUCUCACUUGCUUGCUCCCGUGGAAAGCAACAUGCCAGUUGGAGCACCUGGAGAUGCUGCCAUCAAUGCAUCAGCACCGAUCGAAUCCACCCCGUCUACAAACGAGGUAGAAAUGGCUGCCGACACGCUAUCAACUGUGUCAGCAUCUGUUUCGACAACAAUCUGCCCCGAUUCCCCAUCAAACUCUUCGAGCAAUACUCCACCAGCUGCGACAACGGCGGAUACACAACAGCAUAUCUCAUUGCUGUCGGGCGAUGUCCAGCCUCUCCCGCUCUACAAGAUUGUUGUACCGGCCAAGCUCCUGGGGAACGCAUCACGAGCCGCCCUGGUCAGCCAAAAUGAGCAGCUGCGAGGCCUUCUUGAUGAAGCAUCAGCAGAGUUGGAGCGGGGCUAUGCGCAUAUGGUCUUGAUGAAUACCGAGCAUCAGCGUGUUCGUCAGCAACUCUAUGGCAAGAAGAAGGAGCGCCGUGCGUACAACACUGGGGCCCCGCGCUUGAUGACUGGUGAUGAGAUGUUGGAGGCUCUCUUGCUUGAUGAGCAGAAGAAGGCGAUGGGCGAGAUCCAUCAGGCGAUGAAGAAGAAACUGGCGGAUAUCAGGAAGAGCAUAGCUGUCUUUGAGAAGGAGUCAAAGGCAGCCUCGAAAGCGAUGGAGAAGGCGAAGAAGGCGGCGGAAAAAGCGUCGAAGGCAGCUCAGCAGGUGCAGGGUAGCCGGGGCCGUGGGCGGGGCCGAGGCCGUGGUGGUGUAGCGCGUGGCAGAGCGCGAGGCAGAGCACCGAAUGGCGGAUGCGGUCGCGGCCCAAAUCAACAGAAUGAUGAUGACGAGGGUGAGGAAGAGUCAGAAGAUGACACGAGCGAAGAAAGCGACGAAAGCGAUGGUCAGAGUAGCGACUCACAUGACUCCCAUGCAAGCCCCGCAGCGUUAGAAGACUUGGACAAGACGCCACCGUUGGCCGAACAGGAGCCGCUGUUGGACAAAGAGGAGCCGCCGUUGGGUGGGGAGGAGCCGUUGAGUGUGUUUGCUGCUAUCUCGAGGUCAAUUCUGGACGGCGCUGAAGUCGACCCAAACGAGACGGAGAUUGUGCACAUAAAUGGUCACCGGUGGCUCCAACGGAAGCAUCUCGAGUUCAUGGUCGUGUGGAAGGAUGGAGACAUAACGUGGGAGCCACUCGAGACUGUCGAUGAAGUUACCGCGAUGGAUGAAUACCUGGAGAUGCACGAGCUGGAGGACCCGCUCAAGCUCUCCAGACGCAAGUUCUUGAAGGACACACAGCUGAAGGUAACAGAUGAGUGA